AUGGCGUCGGAUUACGAUCAUGGGGCGCCUGACGACCGCUUGUAUGCCCACCCCGCCCCUAUCGAUCCCGCCUACCCUGGUGAUCGAAGCUGGCAGAAUGGAGGAGGACGAAGAACUCCUGACAACAGCAACUAUCGCUCCCAACAGCACUCCCACUCGCGCUCACCAGGCCCAAGAACGCCUGGCAGGGAGGGCAGAGAUGGUGAGUCGCGGCAGAGCGAUGAACGCAGCAGAUCCAAGGGAAGAGGUGGGCGGUCAGCCAGCGGCCAACAGAGAAUCUGCAAAAAGUGUGGGGAGCCGCUGACCGGUCAAUUCGUGCGCGCACUGGAUGGAACUUUUCAUCUGGAUUGCUUCAAAUGUCGGGACUGCGGCCAAAUUGUAGCCUCCAAAUUCUUCCCCGUCGAUGACGAGAAUGGCGAUGGGCAAUACCCCCUGUGUGAGACGGAUUAUUUCCGCAGGCUUGGCCUGCUUUGUUUCCAGUGUGGAGGGGCUCUGCGCGGCUCUUACAUCACUGCACUCGACCGCAAGUACCACGUCGACCACUUCACAUGCUCUUUGUGCCCUACCGUUUUUGGAGCUCAGGACAGUUAUUACGAGCAUGAUGGCAACGUCUACUGUCACUAUCACUACUCCACUCAGUUUGCGCAACGAUGCAACGGCUGUCAGACUGCAAUCCUCAAGCAGUUCGUGGAGAUCUUUAGAAAUGGCCAGAAUCAACACUGGCAUCCCGAGUGUUACAUGAUACACAAAUUCUGGAACGUACGACUUACGCAACCCAACGAAACCCCCGAGAUACCCCAAGAGAGCGAUGACCCCGCCACUCGCGACAUAAUUAGAGAGGAGGAAGAGCGCAUGGAGGAGAAGGUCUACCGUAUCUGGAGUGUUUUAUCCACCUUCGAGGAGUCAUCCGCCGCCUGCAUAUCCGACAUGCUUUUGCAUGUGAGCAAUGGUGCCUACAUGGAUGGUGUGCUUGUCGCCAAGAGGUUCAUCUGGCAUGUUGAAAUACUUUUCCAAUCCGCGGAUCGGUUGGAUUAUUCCAUGGAUCAGCUGAAGCUCAAGGAAAUAGGAUUGUCGUACGGACGGGAAGCCAAGCUUCUGUGCAAGAAGAUAGUGUCUUUCUUUUCCUUGUUGUCCAAGACCCAGGACACAGGAGCUCGGAAGCUUGGCGUUACCCAGGAGCUGCUGUCCCUUGUCACCGGUUUAGCUCACUAUCUUAAACUUCUCAUCCGGAUCUGCCUGCAGGGAGCGCUGCGCCUCGAAAAAGAGUCUAAGAGCUCCGAGGGCGUUUACCAAUUCCUCGACGACCUUGGCGAGUUAGACGCGAUGAAGGCCGAGGACAACACCCUGCAAUCUAUCACCGGUAAUUCACGACUGGCCGCUAAGGACUCGGACCAUUGCGCGCUAUGCAACAAAUCAGUUGAGGAUGAGUGCGCGCUGAACUCGGAAAGGCGGUGGCACAUCGCUUGCGUCAACUGCUCAAAUUGCAGCAAGGAACUUGGCCGCAAGUUGGAUGAGGCGCGCCACAACGCCUUUGACAACACAGUCUGGUGCAAUAACUGUCUCGGCGUCAACAGCGAGGGCAUGCCCCCCUUCGAAUAUGUUACUAAGUUGCAGCAAUAUGUCUUCUUGCUGAAGGUGGCACUCGCAAGAUUGUUGGACAUUCUGAGAAGCAACGGUGCCUUGCCUCGGCAGAAUGAUGACCAGAACACGGAUGGUUAUGGCCCAGGCGAUGGUACUCGAUCUCUGGCCCCGGGUGAAGCACCCUACUUAAACUCUGAUAAUCGCUCCAAAUCGUACGCUGGAGACCAACGGGAGCACAAUCGCGAGUCUUCAUACGAGAACACACUGAAUGAUGUUCGCCGAUUGAGAAGUACCCGACUCGACAAGCACUUGUCGUCUAGUUUCAGAAAGGCCAGAACUUCGCGUAUCAUGGACGGACCAGAGGGGCGCAGUGUCCGCCCGGGAUCGGCCGGCGAGGACCGGGGACGAGGCGAAGGGGGGUUUCAAAUCGUCGAGGAUAGAGGCCCAAACGACGAAGGGACCACAGACAAGAUGUUCAACCAUCAGGACGCCCUGACACUGGACGACAUCCCGAGAAUCGUCGCGGCAGAGCAGGUCAAGGAGCAGCAGUAUAAGCCCGGUCGCCAAGAGCUCUUUCGGUCCCCGGCGACCGACCCUACCGGCCAUCAGAGAUCACAGUCUGCGGGCAGAGAGGCGGAAAUCCGGGCAGGUGACCCACUACCUCAGCGAAUGGGAAGAAAAUACUUCUCAGAACUCUCGGGUUUAGAGUACUUCAUCGUUCGACAUUUGGCAGUUCUGACUCUUCAUCCUGCGGUUGAGACCGAGUUCAGUCUUGAUGAGCUCCUAAGCUUCAUUGAGUCCAGGAAGCAACCAACGUUCUGGAAGAACUUGGGUAAGGCUUUCAAGAACGAUAGGCCGAAGAACGUCAAGAAGAAGGGCAUCUUUGGUGUUCCUUUAGAAGUCAUUAUCGAGAAAGAUGGUGCUGAAUCAACGGAUGGUGUGGGGCCCGGAACUCUCAAAAUCCCCGCAAUCAUCGAUGAUAUCAUCUCCUCGAUGAGAAAGAUGGAUCUAUCAGUAGAGGGUGUCUUCCGAAAGAAUGGCAACAUCAAGAAACUUUCCGAGCUUGUGGAGAGAAUCGACCGUGAGGGAUGCGAUAAUAUCAGCUUCAUGGACCAGCCUGUGGUCCAAGUUGCUGCUCUGCUCAAGCGCUACCUGCGCGAGCUUCCCGACCCUCUGUUGACCUUCAAGCUCCAGCGCCUUUGGAUUACAGUUGCCAAAAUUCAAGACGAUGCUAAGCGGAAGCAGUACCUUCAUCUCAUUUGUUGUCUUUUGCCAAAGGCUCACCGAGACUCUUUGGAGAUCUUGUUCUGCUUCCUCAAGUGGGCUGGAUCCUUCCACCAAGUUGACGAGGAGGCUGGUUCCAGAAUGGACAUUAAGAACCUGGCGACGGUCAUUGCGCCCAACAUUCUUUACAGCAGCAACAAAGCGCCUGCUUUGGACAGUGAUCCUAUGUUUGCCAUUGUUGCCGUACAGGACAUGAUCACUUAUAUCGAAGAGAUGUGCCUGGUUCCUGACGAGCUGAUGCAUCUCGUGAAUGAUCCCUUUGUGUUUGGCGGCAACAGUGUUGACCUUACCACCAAGGACAUCUUGAAGCGCUACCAGGACCGCAUUGGUCAAAGGCCAGGAUAUGGCGAAGUCAACGAGGCCUUUAACAGGCCAGACAACUCUACUCGUCCACCUCCCCGACGGGUUGAGACCGACCCCGCCCUGUGGCAACAGCAAGAAAGCAGCGUCCGCCCCGUGCAGGAGCCGCCUAUUCCCGUGUAUAAUAACCAACCUCAUCCUAACACGCCACCCCAAAGAUGGCGAGGACAGGAAGAGAACGGCCAUCCCUCGCCCUACGGCAACCAGUUUGAAUCCUCGGAUACUGAGGGCCCUACUGACGCCCAGAAACGAGAGUGGCGCAACUCCGCGGCCUGGGGACGUCAGAACGGUGGUGUCGGUGUCGGCGGAAAUAUAUAG